UAACAAGAAUAAUCUGCCUUUGUAAUUGUAUUUAGUUCUGAAUAGCCAACAUAACUGCUCUCCUCUCUCUCGGCCAGAGAAAAGGGGUUCUAUUCUGGUGAGUGGUGAAUUCGGAGCCAAAAUGCGUCGUUUCCCGGUGACUCUGCUUCUGGUAGCAGUGGUGGCUUUGGUGGCCCUUGGAAUAUCAACGAAGGGUGCCGAAGCCUCCAAUUCAGCUUCGGCCUUCGUUCAGAACAUCAUCUACUCCAAUAAGAUCGCCAUGUUUUCCAAGUCUUACUGCCCGUAUUGCCGGCGUGCCAAGCGUAUAUUAGGCGAGCUACAUCAACAACCUUUUGUUGUUGAGCUUGAUCUUCGAGAUGAUGGAACACAAAUUCAGGAUGUCCUUCUAGACCUUGUAGGACGACAUACCGUACCGCAAAUAUUUGUGAAUGGCCAGCAUAUUGGUGGCUCUGAUGAUCUCAAAAAUGCUGUUUUGAAUGGUCAAUUGCAAAAGCUUCUCAGUACAAGUUGAGAUGCUGGUGAAACUGAGAGAUUGGGUUUAAUUGUAAAAAGAAAAAAGAAAGAAGAAGAGGAAAUCCUAUUAUGUCUUAUUAACAUGUAUGGAAGUACAUUUUGACUGAAUUAUCCUUCCUUGAUGUGUCUAAUACAGUCACUCACAGUUAAUAAUAAGUGUUGAAAGUAUGAGAUAUUUUUAGGAUUA